AUGAACACCGCUGAGGAUAACACGAAACGUCUUGUUCAGAAUCAAAAUCAUGGGAUUGAAUCUAUCAGCGAUCAUGACAGCGACUCAUCCACCGAGACAGAUAACUCCAGCAUCGUGAAACUUUGUGAUGGAGGUGGUGGGGAGAAUGUAUUCACUAAGAAUGAAUUUAGCGUUGAAAAUUGUCGAGACACGGGUGAAAUCAAAGGGAAACGUGGAGAUAUGGAGUCAAAGGAGAAGAGAGAAGGUGACAUUGCACCACCCAAGACGAGAAAGAGAAGGAAGAGAUUACUAUCGAUUUGUACCACUAAUUGCAAGUACGAGGUUGUGAGACGGGUGGCGGCGUUAUAUGGCAUGAGAGAAGUGACUGAGGGCAGUGCCUGGAAUUUGUACUGGACUGAUUUGAGUAUCAGUGUCGAGAGAGCAAAGGAUAUGAGGAGAUUUCAAAAGGUCAACCACUUCCCAGGGAUGACUGAGAUAUGCAGGAAAGAUCUACUCGCGAGAAAUCUCAAUCGGAUGCUCAGAAUGUUUCCCAAGGACUACAAUUUCUUUCCGAAGACUUGGUGUCUUCCGGCUGACUAUGGGGAUCUAGCAGCUUACGCAAGAACGCGUCGAUCCAAAACAUUCAUUAUAAAACCAGACACCGGCUGCCAGGGUCGAGGAAUAUACUUGACGAAGAACUUGAAAGAAGUUAAACCUUACGAGCGAAUGAUCUGUCAAGUUUACGUGGCAAAACCCUUUUUGAUAGAUGGAUACAAAUUUGAUCUUCGUGUUUAUACUCUGAUUACUUCCUGCGAUCCUCUGCGGAUUUACGUGUACAACGAUGGUCUCGCAAGAUUUGCGACGAGGAAGUACAAAGAACCAACGAACCACAACACUUCAAACGUGUUCAUGCAUUUGACGAAUUACUCGGUCAACAAACACAGUCGAUUGUACGUGAUUGAUGAAGAAAUGGGAAGUAAACGAAAAAUAUCCACUCUGAACAGAAGUUUGCAAUCUGGUGGCGUGGAUAUCGAUGAGUUGUGGAGGAAAAUCGAUGAAGUUAUAGUCAAGACCGUGCUCUCUGCUUAUCCGAUAUUGAAACACAGUUACAACACGUGUUUUUCAACUCAUGACCUCAUCUACGCCUGCUUCGAGAUCUUAGGCUUCGAUAUCCUAAUCGACUGGAAGCUAAAGCCCUAUUUAUUGGAGGUAAACCACUCGCCCAGUUUCCACACAGACGCCCAGCUCGACAAGGACAUAAAGGAGUCCCUGCUGAUGGACACAUUCAACAUGCUGAACCUCCACCACUGCGACAAGCGGAAGAUAAUCGAGGAGGACAGAAGAAGAGUGCGGGACAGAUUGCUCCAGGGAAUCAACUCCAAAGACCCCAGUGUGAACGAUACUGUAGGCCCGUCGAAGGUGGAAGAAAAAUCCCUGCAGGAGGAUCGCAAGUGGGAGGAUGAGCACAUGGGUAAUUUCCGUCGGGUCUACCCCAGCGACAGCGGCAGGAAAUACGAUGCGUUCUUCAAACAGAACAACACGUCGAUGUUCCAGGACACAGCAGCCUCGAGGGCACGAGAGGAAGCUUCAAAACUCCAACGAGAAGAGGCAACAAUGAGAAUGAGGGAGGAGGAGAGUAAGCGGAUGGUAUCGAAAUGGGAUUCGAAGUUGGAGACGGAGGGUCCCACUGGCACAAGGGGAAUCAACUCAACGUCAGCUAGAAACAAACCAAACUCGGCAAUAUCCAGGCGAUCGAGUCUGACACCAGCGGUGAAAAAGUCGAGGGAACAUGUGCCAAGGGCGGACAGCCUCUCGUCUUUCGUACCAGAAAUAAUAAGUGAGAGCGAGGAGCGUGAGCGGGUUGCUUCAUUAGCCCAGCGGGAUUUCUUGAUAAAGAGCCAUGGGAUACUCGAGGAGAUUUAUUUGGCUAUGAAGAAAAAUGGUACACUUCGACCUGGUGAUAUUAAAAAAUAUGGGAUGUAUGGUAAAUUGGGUCAGAGGAGCGAGUCUUAUCCGAGUGGUGGAGUGAGUCAGAGACGUCAGAUCGAAGUUCAACUGGAAUCAAUCCGUGGGGAGCGGGAUCAGUCUGCUCUGGGGAAAAAUAGUAAGAAGUUGAGGAAAAAAUUUACGUCUUUCUAUGAUUGAACGUUUCGACAAUUUCCUUGACAGUUUUCAAAUGAAUUACUGCGUUACUCUUUCUUUCAAUUUCACUUCAAGUGAUUUCUGUAACUUUAUCAUUUCUACUCUAUACUUUAGUUCUAUUGUAAUUAAUUGGAAAAAUUGACAUCUCUCUCUUUCUCUUCAAGCAACAAAAAAAAUUAUUCAAGUAUCCGGGUUUGAAGAUAAUGCCUAACCAAGUGCUAUUCCACUGAGCGUCAAGAUAUUCCAUUAAAACUUCCCUCCUUCGGAUGAUUUGAGGGGGUCUGAAUAAAUAAAGCUGACGCUCAACAAGAACCUCUUGUGAACUACUCCCGUAUUUGCUUCCGACAUUCAAAUUCCAAAUUGAGUUUGAAAACUUGAUUCUUAUAUACGCGUGAAAAUUCAUGUACAGAUUGAAUUCACAAAUUCAUACAGUGGAUCUGUAAUGUAUAACAACCUUUAUUGCUGAUAUAUAUUUUUGUAUUCACAUGAUA